AUGAUCACUGUCACCAAGGACGGGGAGUUGAUGACCAACUAUGUUACAAUCAACCCAGUCCCGGCAGAUGAGGUCUUCGGGGCCUUUACCGAUCAUGAGAAACAGCCUGCAGUUAUGAGUCUCAGCGAAGACAGCAUCCUAUACCUCGUCAUCAGCGACGGGGGCAAGGUCACCCGUAUUGACUUUGGCAGAAGCUCGGGUAUUGUCAAAGGGGAGAGAAAGGUUCUCGCAUUCGCGGUGCAGCAAUCCCUGGAUGGCACGUUGGAUAUCUGUAUGGCCGUCGAUAAACCCACCUCCGGAUGUCGCUUCUACCUGUUGCAUGCAAUUCGGCCAGAGGACCUUCUGCAACCGAUACCUCCCAGUAAAAUUAUUGAUGCGGUGAACUUCCCUAUUGUGGCUCAUAUCUAUAUGGGGAACAAGUCCACAGCCAUGUCUCAGUCCCUUCCCCUGGUGAUGGUUGCUUUCGUGCGACCAGAUCGAAUCACCAAGACGGAAGAACUCAACUUUGUCGAGUUCAAAGGCAAGGAAGCCAAGCUCAAUGGAAACUGGACGGUACCCGCAGACCCCGAACGUAUUCUUGCAGUUGAGUUAGGAACAGUCUCCACUGGAGAUGGAGCUUUCAUCCUUUACGAAGGCCAGAGUGGCAAAAAACACCUGCUCUUUCAGAAUUUCACCGGCUCAGUCCCAUUCGCUGUCCAACCUGUAUGUCCGGAGGGAGCCGUCGGCCUCACGACAUUCCUCGAUACCCAGACACAAGAAACUACUUUGAUAGUAGCGGGAGAUAAAAUCGCCUAUUUCCUCCCUAGGGACUAUUUGUCACCCAAGGGCACUGGAACAGUAAUUGAUAAUCUAGAGCAUGUGCCAGGAAUGAAAGACAUCCACUGUUCCCAGUCACAAGAGGAUCUUCGUCUGUGGUACACAACGGUGGACGAUGCCCUCUACUACUACACCACCACUACUUCGGACCUCUCAGAGGGCGUGAACAUUCCGCUUCUUCCUGAGGGGCAAGGAGGCCGUGCGUCUGGCCUUCUUUGUGCCCAAGCAAGAGACGACGACAGCGAUCUUCUGGUCAGCAGUCUUCUUUCAGUAGACCAGGAUGCAAACAUCUAUCUGCUUCAGCAGGACUCGGCCUCCAAAGCCUGGCAGCGGUAUCCUUUCUGGUUUUCCUCUGAGAAAAACGUCAAGGAAGUGGAAGGCUAUAUGCUCCGAUUCCAGGUGGUUCAAAACAACGACCCCGAGGACCCUAAUAACGAUGACGAGGGAGAGAUGAUUGUGGGUUCCUGGCUGUAUGUCACCUGCUCUGGUCUUGUGCGAUGUUUUAUCAAUGGAAAACCCGCAACCAUGUCCCCGGCUGGAGACUGGUAUCAGACCGAUGUCAAGGGGGUGCUGAACGUCUUGCUGCAAACGGAGGAUGCUACAUGUCACCAGUUCGCUGUUCAGCGCUAUCGUCCAGUGGAGAUACCCGGGGGAAAGCGUCAGCGCAACAGCGAGAGAUUAAUCGAGGAUCCCGUGUUAGAUCCUUCUGAAAAGGUUGUCGGCCGGCUCAAAAACAUCCAAACUGAGGAUGACUUGCGAGCGCUUCGGAGACAGGAUGGCACUCCACUCAUUGGCCCAGGUGUGCCAGAUGGAGAUGUCAUCCGGGCUGCUCAGGCAUUCCAACAGCUGUCAGAGAGGGCGGAUGAAAUUCACCUUGAUCAAAAACAAAAGCUCGCAGCAUAUAAGUUGGCAGUCCGGGAGCUGAAGGGCCAGGCUUCAGGGGCCUGGAACUGGGUCGAAGACAAGGUGAAGGAUGCAAUUGACUGGGGUGUCAAGCUUGUCGGGGAUGUCUGGAAGUUCAUCGUUAAGAUUGGAGAGGAAAUAUUCGAAAUUGCCCUGACAACCAUUACUUCCAUCGUCAAGGGUAUUGUCUGGGUGUUUAAGAAGGUCGGGGCCUUCAUCAAGGAUGUAAUUGAGUUUCUGGGAUUCCUCUUUGGUUGGGGUGAUAUCCUUGAUACUACUGAUAGUAUCGUGGCCGGGCUCAACGCUGCACUGGACCACGGUAAAUCUGUGCUAGAAUCGCAACACGACACUGUUCACGGCUGGCUAGAGGAUCUGCGUGAGACUCUCAAGGAGCAGCUACCUAUACUCCACGAUACCGACUAUACGGCGGUCUUGAAGAACCAGGAGCUGGCCAAACUGCUAUCGGGGAGCAGUAAGCUGUCUGACGAUGAUGAGACAAAGCAAAGUGUGGUAUACAACUGGUCGGCCUACAAUUUCACCUACGGGGGUGGCACAACCAGCGCAGUCCUGCAUGAUGACUCGAUGUCCCGGACGGGCACAGAGGAUGAAUUGCUGCGCCUAUGGGAUACAGUUGUUGAUCAGCUCGAAGCCAUCACAAAGACGGUUGUCAAAGUGGCCAAGGAGUUUGUGGAUUUCUUCAAGCCUGGGCACCUCAACGUCAAUACAUUGAUCAAUAAAGUCGGGACCAUCCUCAUCGAUGAGCUCGUGGAUGCUCUAGAACGGCUAGCCGACAUUAUCUUCUACGCCCUCUCCACCGGAAUCAGUAUCAUCAAGGAUAUAGGUAAUAAAAAGAUUGACAUUCCCAUAAUAUCGUGGGUCUGGGAGAAGAUCAUAUCCCGCGGGCGGCCGUUGACACUGCUCAACUUCUAUGCUGUGUUGAUUGCCAUUCCUACUACAAUCCUGUACAAGGCCACCACCAAGUCCGCGCCUCCUAAACUGAGCGGCCGAGUCACGAAGGACACCUUUGCUCAGCACGUCACUGGUAAAGGUAGCGCCACUCUGUCCAAAGACAUUACUAAUUUUGCACUCUCUGCCUCAUCUGGGCUUGAGUUGGUGUCGGAAGAGUUCAGCACCCUCGGGCUUCUGGCCGAUGGCACUUUUGAGGGACUGGGACUCGAGGGCAUCUCGGUGGGGUUCAUCGGUGAGUUUAUGAAUGUGUUCGACUCAGCCACGCUCGCCUUUGAGGCAGUCGGUGGAUUUGUAGAGUGGCCCGUCAUCCCGGAUGAGACCACAGCCGAGGAUACUCGUGCCUUUGACUUGGCUAAGUUCAACAAGUACUCAGGAUGGGCGUUGAAAGGUGCCGGAAUGGGAUCUUCCGUAAUCAUCAAGGUGGUUGCUAAAGCAAAGAAAGCUCCACGACCAGUCGUCAAACGCUGGAAGGCCACCGUGGGCGCUGCCAUGUCGGUUCCAAAACUGUGUCUCUCCCUGACCAACGGGAUCCAGGAUGCCAAAGAAGGUGAGAAGAGUGAUAUUCUCAUCGUCAACGGAUUCCUCAAAGGAGGGUUCACGUUCGGAAAGCAGUGGGGCGAGUCAGUUGCAGCGUGGAACAACCAGGUGGAGAAUGAGUUGAUGUAUGCGGGCUUAGUGGUCAAACAGAUUUGUGCGAUUGCUCUCUACGGUCUGAAAAUCGUGGACUUUGGGGUGGGAAUCAUUGAAUAG